AUGUCGGACGGAGAUCGACUCGUUCUCACCGAACACGACUACGAAGCAGAGGCCAACGAGUUCUGGUAUCCAACGCCGCGCCAGCAGAUGAAUCGCGCGGUGCCCACGCAAGAGCAGUUGGAGAACAAGGUCUGGCGGAAGUGUAUGGACAUAGGUUCUACUCAGAAGGCUCUAUCUGAGGCUCCUACCGAUGCUGCACCUAUGCUCGACCCAGAAGAGAAAUCCCGGGUUUUCCGCAUCAUAGAUCUGCCGGCAGAAUUGCGCCUAAACAUCUACGCACAAGCCCUCACGGUGGGUAAAGUCUUCUACACGCCGACUGCUUUCGAGAUUCGCAAGGGCCGCCGUUUCGAUAGGUGCAAGGAGUACGAGAAACCGAACGUCGUGUUUCGAGCGAUCGGCUUCCUACGUGCAGCCGAGGGCUAUAUUGAGCUCAACUAUUCCAAUUCCUUCUGCCCCUUUGGAUGUUGUCGUCUUAUGCACAUGAGCUGCGAUGUCAUUAGGCGACACAUGCCGAAGUGUGUGCGGGCGUUGGACACGACAUUCGCUGGCGCUCAAGCUCUCAAUGACAAUGGUAUGACGUAUUUGAUACGAGAGUGGGUCAGCAGUACGGGCAUGACCGUGGAGAAGAUGAAGAAGAAGUUUGGAUUCAUGGUGGAUGGAAAGGAUGUAUGGGAAGCAUACAUCCUGGCACACAAGUACAAGCACAAGGUGGGGGCAGAGGCUUGA